UCCCUCGGCGUCCCGAAGACAUGGUUGUACCGACUUCUCUGUCUGCCUUAUCGCCAGGAUGGGUGCGGACGAUGCGGAGCGACAGUUCAAACGAGCGGGGCAGUCCCGCUACUCUGGCGUGGGGAACCGUUCGUAUAGAUGUCAGAUGGAAGCGAGUUUGCCCCACCGGCGCCGUCGGUGAGGUUUGCUCUCGACAUCCUUCCAGAGAAAGACAGCGACUUCAUGUCUACGUUGGAUGAGUCUGUCACCCCGCCGCUCUCUCAAGGAGUCGGUUAUGGGAUUAUCUGUGGUGUCGGCGCGCUCUUCGCGGUUGGGAUGUGGUGGGUGUCGCGGAUGCUGAGCCAGUUCCAAAACGAGGUGCAAGGCUCCGAGAUGUUCAUGACCGCAAAGCGGUCUAUAAACACAGGCCUGGUCGCCUCCGCUGUGGUCUCAGGCUGGACGAUCGCCGCGACGCUUUUAACUUCCACCGCGUGGACAUAUGAGUUCGGCGUGUCCGGCGCGUACUUCUACGGUGCAGGUGCUUGCAUACAGAUCUUCGUCUUCGCCGUCUCCGCCAUUGAGCUCAAAAGGCGGGCACCGGGCGCUCACACGUUCAUGGAAGUGUCGAGGCUACGCUAUGGCACGACGGGGCAUUGGAUUCAGAUCAUCUACUCGACGAUGUAUCAGAUCAUCAACUGCGUCAACAUCCUCGUCGGCGGCUCCGAGGUGUUCGAGGCGUUGACAGGCAUGAGCGCCAUCGCUGGCUGCUUCCUCCUUCCAGUGGGCGUAGUCAUCUAUACCCUGAGCGGCGGAAUAAAGGCCACCAUCCUCACCGACUACACCCACACUAUCAUUAUCUAUGCCCUUGUUCUCACAGGUCUCUUCGUUGUGUACAGCUCGUCGUCCCUCAUCGGUUCUGCCGAUGCGAUGUACGAGUUGCUGAAGCAGGCGGCGGUACGAUCGCCUGUGGUGAAUAAUGCAGGCGGGGAGUACCUCACGAUGAGCUCGCAAAGUGGAAUCCUCCUGGGCGUUGUCUUCUGGUGUGCUGUGUUUGGUACGACGGUGGACGUACAACUAUAUCAAAAGGCCAUCGCCGCGAACCCGGCUGCUACCCUCCCCGGUUACCUCAUCGGAGCAUUAGCGUGGUUCUGUAUACCCUUCUGUUUGGCAACAACAUUCGGCCUCGCAUGUCGCGCCCUCGAGAACACGCCGAACUUUCCGACCUAUCCACGACCAAUGACUGCCACCGAGAUCUCCUCCGGCCUCUCCCUCCCGUACGCUGCGAUCGCGCUCAUGGGAAAAGGCGGCGGCGCCUUCGUCCUUCUCAUGACCUUCAUGGCCUGUACGUCCGGGUUCUCCGCUGACCUUGUCGCAGUUUCCUCCGUGUUUGUCUACGACGUGUACGGCACAUACAUCAACACGAACGCCACAGGAGGGCGCCUCGUCAAGCUCUCGCACGUCGCAGUCGUGAUCUGGACGCUCUGCAUGUCCGUCAUCGCGACCGGAAUCACGCGGACGACGAUCGGCGUGAACUACCUGGUGACAUGCAUGGGCGUGUUUACCUGUUCGUGCGUCUUUCCGAUGUACUGCACCGUGCUCUGGAGAGCGCAGAACAAGGCAGCCAUCGCGCUGGCCCCUCCGUUGGGGAGCAUCACCGCGAUCGCGUCGUGGCUAGGGUCCGCUUACGCUUUGGAGGGCUCGGUGACCGUCGCGUCGACGUCGCAGACGCUUCCUCUGGUUAUCGGCAACUCUGUCUCGCUCGUAUCUGGAGCUGUGUACUCCAUCAUCUUCACAUAUGCGUUUGGGCCGCAAAACUUCGACUGGGAGAUCCUCAAAGCCGGCGUGCGGGUCAUUGACGACAGCGACGUUGCUGGUGUCACCGAGGAGCAGCUCAAGCAACAGCUCGCGGUCGAACACCUCUCGCCACAUGACGAACGAGCGCUGUACAGGGGCAAAAUCGUCGGCAGCUUCAUGGCCAUAGGCUUGUGCCUGAUCUUCGUCAUCCUAAUCCCCCUCCCGAUGUACUUCACGUCCUACGUCUUCUCGCAGCACUUCUUCCGAGCAUGGGUCGCCAUUACAUUCAUCAUCGCGUGGAUUGCUACCCUGGUCAUCCUCAUCAUGCCUCUAUAUCAGGGACGGCACUCUCUCAAGCUGUUCUUGAACUACAUCAUCGGCUCGCGUCGGGACGCAUUGGCGCACAAGAUCGCACCAGGGGGGGUGUCCCGGGAUCCCAGCAUGGAUUCCGAAGCGAAUGAGAAGAGGGACGCUGUGCUUGGGGAGAAAGGAGCGGAGGCAGUCAAGGUGCAACCCGCAGAAGAUGCAGAUUAGCUAUAUAGUCCAUCGCAAACACGCGGCCAUGUAUGCAUAGAAUUAGAACCAGCAACUGAGCAAGCAGCACGAAAGGCUCCCGUGGAAAGUGGACGGCGUCACGGCUUGGAUGACAUAGAUUGCAACCUGGAAGGUAUCAUGCGCGAUAAAUGAUGCUUAUAGCUGAUAUUGCUUCCCUUGCUCUCCCGAC